UCCCCGCGCGAGCUCCACCCAGGUCGCAGGCAGCGCGGUCGGCGGCGCCUAUUUCCCGCCAUUGUGCGAAGUGGAGGCUGGGGGCUCCGCACGCGCCGCCUGCCAGUAGCCGGCAGCUCCUCGGCUGCUGCUGCCACAGCCGCUGUUCUCUGAGGCGCCGGGAGGCCGAGCGGCCGGUGCCGCGAGGCUCACCCUGCGUGGGAGGGCGCGGGCGAGGAGCGGCCGAGCCCCCGAGGAGGAGCCGCGGCGCGGGACGCCGGGCCGCGCCGGCUCCGGCCCGUCGGCGAGAUGCCCUGUGGGGAGGAUUGGCUCAGCCACCCGCUGGGGAUCGUGCAGGGCUUCUUCGCUCAAAAUGGAGUUAAUCCUGACUGGGAGAAGAAAGUAAUUGAAUAUUUUAAGGAAAAGCUGAAGGAAAAUAAUGCUCCUAAAUGGGUACCAUCAUUGAAUGAAGUUCCCCUUCAUUAUUUGAAACCUAAUAGUUUUGUGAAGUUUCGUUGCAUGAUUCAGGAUAUGUUUGACCCUGAAUUUUACAUGGGAGUGUAUGAAACUGUUAACCGAAACACAAAAGCACGUGUUCUUCAUUUUGGAAAAUAUAGAGAUGUAGCAGAGUGUGGGCCUCAGCAAGAAGUGGAUUUAAACUCUCCACGAACUACCACUUUGGAAAGGCAGACUUUCUACUGUGUUCCAGUGCCUGGAGAAUCUACGUGGGUAAAAGAAGCCUAUGUUAAUGCAAACCAAGCUCGAGUCAGCCCUUCAACAUCCUACACUCCUAGUCGUCACAAGAGGAGUUACGAAGAUGAUGAAGAUAUGGACCUACAGCCCAAUAAACAGAAAGACCAGCAUACGGGUGCCAGACAAGCAGGGAGCGUUGGUGGUCUUCAGUGGUGUGGAGAGCCAAAACGUUUAGAAACUGAAGCUUCUUCUGGACAACAGCCGAACUCCCUGAACCUCUCUUCUCCUUUUGAUCUGAAUUUUCCACUGCCAGGAGAGAAAGGUCCUGCGUGUCUCGUGAAGGUCUAUGAAGACUGGGAUUGUUUUAAAGUGAAUGAUGUUCUUGAAUUGUAUGGCAUACUGUCUGUGGAUCCUGUGCUCAGCGUACUGAAUAAUGAUGAAAGGGAUGCCUCUUCGUUGCUGGACCCGAUGGAGUGUGCAGACACAGCUGAAGAGCAGAGGGUGCACAGUCCUCCCGCCUCCUUAGUGCCAAGGAUCCAUGUGGUUUUAGCCCAGAAGUUGCAGCACAUCAACCCCUUACUGCCUGCCUGCCUCAGCAAGGAGGAGAGCAAAACCUGUAAGUUUGUUUCCAGUUUCAUGUCUGAAUUGUCUCCAGUCAGAGCAGAACUGCUUGGGUUCCUCACUCAUGCCCUUUUGGGAGACAGUUUGGCUGCUGAAUACCUUAUAUUGCAUCUCAUCUCUACCGUGUAUACAAGAAGAGAUGUUCUUCCCCUAGGAAAAUUUACGGUUAACUUGAGUGGUUGUCCACGGAAUAGUACCUUCACAGAACACUUGUAUCGAAUUAUUCAACAUCUGGUUCCAGCAUCUUUUCGUCUGCAGAUGACUAUAGAGAACAUGAACCACUUGAAAUUCAUUCCCCACAAAGACUACACAGCCAAUCGCUUGGUCAGCGGGCUUCUCCAGCUGCCCAGCAACACGUCUCUGGUAAUUGACGAAACCCUCCUGGAACAGGGGCAGCUCGACACGCCAGGUGUUCAUAAUGUGACUGCCCUGAGCAACCUAAUAACUUGGCAGAAGGUGGAUUAUGACUUCAGCUACCACCAGAUGGAAUUCCCCUGCAACAUUAAUGUUUUUAUUACUUCAGAAGGGAGAUCACUCCUGCCGGCAGAUUGCCAGGUCCACUUACAGCCUCAGCUGAUCCCACCAAACAUGGAGGAGUACGUGAACAGCCUCCUCUCGGCCGUGCUGCCCUCCGUGCUGAAUAAAUUCCGCAUUUAUCUGACCCUUUUGAGGUUUCUGGAUUACAGCAUAUCUGAUGAAAUAACCAAGGCAGUCGAAGACGACUUUGUGGAAAUGCGCAAGAACGAUCCUCAGAGCAUCACCGCUGACGACCUCCACCAGUUGCUCAUCGUAGCUCGGUUUCUGUCUCUCAGUGCUGGUCAGACAACGCUGUCAAGAGAACGAUGGCUAAGAGCAAAGCAGCUAGAAUCUUCAAGAAGAGCCAGGCUUCAGCAGCAGAAAUGUGUAAAUGGAAAUGAACUUUAAAGAUCUGAUGCUUAUGAAAGAGUAAUGGGCAGGUUGUAGCCACAUUAUUCUAAAAUUCUAAUAACAUUUAUACCACAUUAUUUUGUAGAUAAUUUGUAUCAAAAAUCAAUGACUUUUCCUGAAAUCACGCCUGGUAACAUCUGAAGUUUAUAUAAUAUUCAGUAAGGGCUUUUACCUUACUGAUUUUAUGGAGCUUUUGAAGUUUGUUUUAUAAUUAUAUAAAUUAGUAAUGGUGUACAAAAAUGUAUUUGAUAUUAAAAGUUUAAUAUUGAUAAUGUUGCCGAUUAUACCAUUUCCUGAGCUUCAGCUAAGUCAUAGGCCAGACUCUGUUGAAAUGUUAACGUCAGCUUCAUUUGAAGAAAACUGUUGCAAUUCCAAAGUCAAAGGAAUUGUUCGCUUCAGAUUUUUAUGUCUUUCCAGUGAACAGUGGGUCUGAAUGUGUCCAGUGGUCCACGUUUGGGGAAUGGAGCACACUUGCCAUUAAUUCGCAUAAUUUUGUGAAAUUCUCUAGUAUCAUUUCCCAAACAUCUGACCACGGCUUUUUUCCAUUUAACAGUUUCUAACAACAUGCAAAACAAGUCUUUUACAUGGCAGUGGUUCCCAGACUUUUGCGUUUCAUGGACCAGCAAUAGUUGCAAAAAUUGUGGGGAUUUGACAGGUUUGCCAACUUAUUUUGCCAAGUAAUCUGAAAUCGAUCACUGUAUUAUCACCUUUUUUUUUUUCCCCUUAAAAAGACAAUCUCAGACCAAGAGAGAGUUCUCUAAGUGGAAUAAAUGUAGCUUUUUGAAAAAAAAAACACUACAUUGUCAUUUUUUCUCAUUUCACCCCGGUGCAUAUGUAUGGGAACCACUGUUUUAUGGGACUCAUUUAAGGGAAUGCUGCCUGCACUAUGCAGUUGUUUUGCCCAAAUAGUUACCUUUUAAAAAAUGCCUUCUUUAGGAAAAAAAUUGGUUUUUAAUUUUCCUAAUAUCAUUUAGUUACUUUGAUUACAUUGGAUUUUGAACUUUUAUGUUUAUCAGUUUGCUCCAGAUGUGUUAGAACAACUAAUAUCUGCUAGUCCAGGAAUAAAAGUAGGUAGGUUUCCCCCAACCAGUUUGUUUUAACAUAAGUUUUUAAAGAAACAAAACUAUUACCCAUAGCUAGAAAGCAAAGUAAUAGAGUAGAGUGGUGUAAUGGUGGCAUCAAGAAUCUUUAGAGAGGUUAGAACAUUACUUUUUUAAGCUAUCACUGGUUAUAUAUAAGGUUUAGGUUUUUUUCAGUCAGUAACUUAGUUGGAAGCAUUAGCAAUUGGUUAAAUGAUUACUUAAAUCCUGCACAUGAGCGCUUGCACACACACACCCUGCCCCUGGGCCCAAAUUAACAUUGCUAACCAAGAAAAGAGAAUCAGCCUGCUUUGAAAAUGGAGGAAUUUAUUAUGCCUGAACUGAAGUGAAAAUUACUAGUUUACCUUUUCUUAAACUCAGAUCUAUUUUUAUAAACUAAUGUAAAUAAUGUUUAUAUUUAGAAUUCUAACUGGCUUUCAUUUUUUAUAAUUGGUAGAUUAGACCUUCCUUAAACUUUUAGAACUAAAAGGCGCACCUGGAUUUGUGAGAAUUAAAGUCAACAGAGUAGAUUAGUUACUGUGUUUAUUGUGCCAAUGUGAACUGUAAUUUACCAAAGAGAAGUACAUAAUUUGCUUGGUCUUACAGAAAAGUUCCCUUGAAAAGGAAAACCUUACAAAUAAAACUUCCAAAUUACUAGUA